AUGGCUCCUGUUCCCUCCCCCGAAGUCCGCGCCAACAUCGCCGCAAAGAUCGACGCCCUCAUCCUGGCCGUCGAGAAGAACCCCGAUUUCAAACGCGCCUCGUCCAACGGCGGGCUGUACCACGUGUGGGAUUUCGCUCAUCGCACGCAGUACAUGCUCUUUGAGGUGGAUGGCAUUCGUCAGGAGGGGUAUGAGUUUAAGCAUGCCGGUCAAAUCAAAAUCACCAAGCGAGGUGAAGAAGCUGCAGAGGAGCUGUAUACCGAUACUUUCACUCGCUCCGUUACGCUGGACCAGCUUAUUAGUGGUCCGCCCUUGAUGCGAAACAUGAUGGGCACGAGUGGAGAGAUUUCGCCCGAGAUCCAGGCUGCGUCCAAGGCGGUUGUGGAUGCUUUCCCGGGAUUUUGA